AUGAUAGAUUAUAAAUAUCAAAUUCUAAGUAGAUUAUUUAAUUCUAUUGUAUUGAGAAACAAGAUUUUUCAACAUGUCUACGAAAUCCAUAGAGCAUUAAGUAAGCGACAAAGAGUUCUUAUUAUGGAUUGGAAUGAUCUAGCUUGCUUUCCAGAGAUUCUACUACAAUUGAAUAUGAUCGAUAGAUUCAAUAGGAUAUUGGAUGUUUUGGUUAGAGAUUAUCGAUUUACAGAUCAGAAUAGCAAAAGAGAGGAUACUGGUUAUUUCAAAGAUUUCUUUAGUCAAUGUAUAAAUGUUGCAGCGAGACUAGGAGAUAUGGAAUCCUUAAUGUUUUUACAUUACAAUCGGACAGAAGGAUGUUCAACACGAGCAUUAGAUGCCGCUUGUGCCAAUGGAUACAUGCACAUCGUUUUGUGGUUACACAAUCAUAGGACAGAGGGUUGUUCUACAGAUGCGAUUGAUCAAGCUGCUGGAAAUGGUCAUCUGGAGAUCGUCCAGUUCCUGUUGGCAAAUAGAACCGAAGGAUUCACAGAGAAAGCUAUUAGCAAUAGUUCGAGAAGAGGAUUUCUAGAGAUUGUAAAGCUACUUCAUGCAACUGGAAAAGCAAACGUAACAACCGAUGCCAUGGAUAGAGCAGCUCUUGAUGGACAUUUGGAUGUUAUAAGGUUUUUAAAUGAAAAUCGUAGUGAAGGAUGCACAGUUGAGGCAAUUAACAAUGCGGCGAGUGGAGGAUUCCUCGAAUGCGUUAAAUUCUUGCAUGAAAAUCGGAGUGAAGGAUGCAAUCGAUAUGCUGUUCACUUUGCUGCUAUCAAUGGUUUCCUGGAUGUGGUUCGUUACCUUCUAGAGAAUAGAACUGAAGGUGGAUGUUAUGAUACAUUGGAGAGAGCUUCAUUGAAUAGCAAUCCAGAGGUAUUCCAAUAUCUAUAUUUAAAUACACCAAACAGAGGUGAUUGUGAAAAUGUUAUGGAUCUUUUUGCCAGGUGUAAAGAUACCGCCGGUUUGGAAUGGUGUAAGAAUAAUACAACUCUAAAGUGUUCGAAAUUUGCCUAUAGAGUUGCGGUGGAACACGAAAGUUUGGAAGGAUUGAAAUGGGUUCAGGCGAAUACAACACACGCAUUGACCUCAACAGAUAAUUUAUUGGAUAAGGCAGCAUCUCUAAACAACUUGGAAAUUGUAAAAUAUCUUCAUGAUGCAGGUCUUUCAUGUUCAACCGAAGCUAUGGACCAAGCAAAAGAUCUUUCGAUUUUAGAAUUCCUGCAUCAUAACACCACUCAAGGUUGUACCACAAGAGCUCUAGGCAGGGCUAUUGAAGAUCAAGAUUUACCUAGAAUCAAAUUCCUAAUGAAGAAUAGGACAGAAGGAUACUCUGACAAUCUCUAUGGAUCACCUCAAUUCUAUUAUAUUAAACGACUUGAAAUAAUAAAAGAAAAAAAUCUUAUUUAG